AUGAAGCGACAGAGAGAAGAUAGCGAGCAGAGGCUGAAGAAGAAGAAGAAGAAGAAGCAGAACAAGCAGAAGGCCGUGAAAAGGUGGCGCGUUGUACCAAGGACGCUGUGUAAGCAGGCAGACUUGACAGCCAGCGAGAGACGGCCAGCGAGACGGCCAGACAGCCAGACGGCAGCGGAGAAGAAGCAAAAAAAAGGAUACGAAGAUGUCUCGGAGUGGCUGGGCAGCUUGCUUGCUUGCUUGCUAGUCCUUGAUACAGACAGACAGACAGACAGACAGUUGGUGGACGAAGUGGUAUUUAUUUAUUUAUUUUUGAUUUAUCGUAACGCCGGCAGAGACAGCGAGCUCUUCGGUCUACCGACACAGACAGACAGACGCGGACCAGGAGCACCACCGCAGGCAGCAGCGAGGCCAGACAGACCGUCCUCCCGCCAUUAUUUGUAG